UGUGUGUGGGUGACAAGGAUAGUUGCGGUGGUGGGGGCGCUGGGUGACCACUUCCACCAGUCGCCUUCGUGGUGGUUGCCCGCUUCCCUCGUCUCCACUCUCGCCCAGCGCACGCCCUCCGUCGCUGCUCGUCGCCAGUCACUCCUGUCAGCAAAGGGACGAAGUUGGGCACGUGUUGCAGAGGACGAUCAGGGAGCUCUCGUUUCGCCUUGCCUUUCCCCCGUUGUGGAUUGAGAGCACUUGUUCCACUGUGAUUGAUAUCAAGUUGAUUUUCCCCCCUUUGCGAGGCUGUGUGUGGGGGUUGGGCCUUUUUCGCGUUGGUGUGUCCCGUGGAUUUGUUUUGUUGAGGAGGAACUUGGAACUGUCAACAUGAAGUGUGUAAUGUUGCGUGAUGUUGGCGCUAGAGCCUAGGUGCCUCAGUGGCGGCAGGCUUGGUGUUGGAGAAGGGGAGGAGCACGGCCAGCACGAUGGAGGCCCUCACCACCAUCACCAGUCCUCCCACCCAGGGCAGGAGACCCUCUCCGCCAACCUCCAUACAGCUGCCCUCAGCAGUGUCUGGGGCAGUGCCUUCUGAAGAAUUUGCUACAGUGCACGGAAGCUCUGGCUUGUCGGCCACGAGAAGACAUCCUCCCCCUCAUGCACCCAGAAAACAUAGAGCCACACACCAGCGUAACUUGUCACUGGAUUUCAGGUCUAUGGGUAUUGUGCUGCCACCCCUUCCACCAUCUACCUACAGUGGCUCUCACCAGCGGAAUCGCAGUUUAGACUCAGUGUUGCAGCGCAUCCCGGAGGUCGAAGGAGGAGAGACCCCACAACACCCUCCCCCCUCCAAUCCACCACUCAAGCCUAGUCUUUCCUUCACCUUCUCUGAUGCCCCGAGCUUCAAGCUGCGGACAGACCCGUGCCGCACCCGAGCUCUGGUGGCCUCCGCAGUGUGCCAGCCUGUGGUGGUGAAGAGAGGGAAGGACCCCUAUGAUCAGACUAGCCUGGGGUCAGAUGAUUCUGGCAUCUGCAGCUCUGAGGGAGAAACCAGAGAGCCCAGCACUGAGAGAGCGCACAGUGCUGACUGUCUAGAUGCUACAUUUUUUAACUCGGACUGUGAAGUGAAAAGUAUAUACUCUGAAACGCUAGAUGGUGAGAUGAACAUGGAUGACCCAGAGGGUGAUACAGUGAGUGAUGGGGGAGACUUGGGGGACCAGACACUUGUAGAGGACACGGGGGACAUUUCUCCAAGUGACAUUACUGUGAUUGAGAACAUGGAUUCUCCACAAGAAACCGACCAAGGAGACGAGCCACUGGAAUCUCCGGUGGAGAGCCUCGUCGAGGAAACACAAGCUACUAGUGAAUUGCAUACUUGUUCUGCUGAUAAUAAUGAUUCCAACAAAGAAAAUGAAUCCAAAAAAGAGUGCAGAAGUGAUGUGAACAGAAAAGGGAGAGAACCAAGUGAUGAAGGAUUAAGCAGUAGUGGUGCCAGUGCAUUAGUAAAGACGAAAUUGGAUGAAAAGCAAUCAUUACUUUUAAGAUUAUUCGAGAGUAAACUCUUUGACAUGUCCAUGGCAGUGUCUUAUCUGUACAAAUGCAAGGAACCCGGGGUGCAGCAGUACAUAGGAAACCGUCUUUUUAGUAUGCCAGCGAGCGAGUCCUACUUCUUCCUGCCCCAGUUGGUGAACAUGUACGUGCAGACCUACGAAAUUGCUGAGGUGCUCCAUCCGUUCCUGGUGCAUCUGUGCCGCCAUGAUACCACUUUUGCCCUCCAGUGUGCCUGGCUCUUGGAGGCCUUCUCGACUGACACUGCCCACCAGAGGAAGAAGUCUCACGGCACCAAGUUUAAAAAUCUCAUUCUCUCCGAUGAGCUGAGGCCAAAACAAGAGGGGUUUGUUGACCUAGGCAUCGAACCGAAGGGCAGCCAGCACCGGCCGACCCUCUGCACUCGGAUCAAGGAGCACCCAAGCCCGGGCUCGAACCCAGGGUCCCCCGUGACCGAACUGCCACCUCCCUUCACCACCAGAACCUCUCUCCCAACCCCCUCGAGAAAGUCGCACCAGCGGUCGCGGUCAGACGCCACAGUGGCACUCCAGACUCACGCCAGUGCAGCGCGGGGACACAAGCGUACUCCAUCUUCAGGGAGCAUAAAAAAUUGCCUUGGAGACCUUACCUCUGGACGAGCCUUUGAUAACGGCUGCACCUGCUUUGACUCAGAAGAAGCACGCUGCAAUUCUUUGCGAGGAAAAACCAUCGAGUGCAGUUGUGGGGCACCAAGGCUGUCUCCUGAGCUCGAGUUCGUCAGGGCCAUGAUCAGCAUCGGGAAACGCCUAGGAGCACAGCCCACCAAAGAAGCCAAGACGUCUCGGUUGCUGGCGGAGUUAUCUGUACUGAACUUGAACUUGCCAGCCCGCGUGUACCUGCCACUCUGUGCCAGAGAAAUGCCACACCACAUUGUGCGCAUCCCACCACAAGCGGCUGUUGUCCUAAACUCCAAAGACAAGGCACCUUACAUCAUCUAUGUUGAGGUUCUGGAAGUCGACAAUCUAGACACCGCCUCAGUGCAAGCCAAGCUCACCCAUAGUCUACGUCACACGCGGUCCGAGGAGAACCUGGUAGAUUCCCCCGCGUCCACAUCUUCAUCGCAGUUGGACCUCACAACGACGCCCACAACAACAGCUACCGUCACCACCAGCGGCCUAGGUUCUACGUCAUCCAUACCAUCUUCGUUAAGCUCUCCUCACCUGAACUCAGGCUAUGUUGACGAAUCAGACUGUUGGAGUCAUGAGGAUGAUGAAAUCAGCCAGCAGUACUGCAGACUCAAGAAGCCCAGGGACCGCGAUACCAUCUCAAUGAUGUCCCUUGACUCGUGCGACUCGAGGGAGCUGACGGCAAGGGGAGCGGCAGACAUCCGCAGAAGACUCUCGGAGACGGUCAACGCCCCCAAGACAGGGUUCAAGAGGGACCCAGAGGACCCUUCUGCAGCUGCCUUGAAGGAACCGUGGGAGGAUAAGGUUGAACGUAUCCGUGAGAGCUCGCCGUAUGGCCAUCUAGCUUCGUGGCGGCUUUUGGCUGUCAUUGUAAAGUGCGGAGAUGACUUACGACAAGAGCUGUUAGCUUACCAGCUGCUUUGCAUGUUCCAGAAGAUUUGGGCUGAAGAAAAACUUUCCCUUUGGCUCAGACCCUACAAAAUUCUGGUGUUGUCCGAUGACUCAGGUAUGAUUGAACCCAUUGUGAACACCUGCUCCCUGCAUCAAAUCAAGAAGAACAGCAAGAUGUCUAUGCUGGAGUACUUCAUUCAGGAGUUUGGAGAUAAGAAUUCAGAGGAAUUUUUGACUGCACAGAGAAAGUUUGUUGAGUCCUGUGCUGCCUAUUGCCUCAUCUGUUAUAUUAUCCAGGUUAAGGAUAGACAUAAUGGGAACAUCCUCCUCGACAACGAAGGCCACAUCAUCCACAUCGACUUCGGCUUCAUGCUGUCCUCCUCGCCGCGCAACCUAGGCUUCGAGUCAUCGCCCUUCAAGCUGACGCAGGAGCUGGUGGAGGUCAUGGGCGGCGAGAACUCGGACAUGUUCGCCUACUUCAAGAUCCUGCUGCUGAAGGGCCUCCUGGCAGCUAGGAAACACAGCGAGAAGAUCAUCUCUCUUGUGGAGAUCAUGAGCUCAGGCUCCAAGUUAGCAUGCUUCCGUGCCGGGGCGUCAGUCCUGCCGGCCCUAAAGAACCGCUUCCACGUCAACAUGACUGAGGAGCAGAUCCAGGCCCACCUCGACUCCCUUGUCUACAACGCCAUCAACUCCAUCACCACGCGGCUGUACGAUGGAUUCCAGUACUUCACCAAUGGCAUACUCUAGCUUAGGGCUCGGGCUCUGUCCUUGCGCUUCGUGUCGGUCAGGUCCGGUCUGGCCUGGGCUCACCUGGUCCGGUCUGGUCAGAUAACCUUCGAAAUCUUUGUCUUGAAAAAGUGCGUGAUGUGAACUCCCAGAAACGAACUAACGCAAGAAAGACGAGGAGAGAUGAACUCGCUCGGGGUUAUUAUUGGGUGAUCAGAGUGAAAUGUGUCCCUUUAUUUUUUAUUUCUUUUUUUUUUUUUUUCUUUUUGUCUUUCCUAUCUCUCUUAUGAUAAAACUGUGUGGUGCUGGAAGCAGAACUCUGCUCAGAAUAUAUAUAUAUAUUUAUCACAGCAAAUUUUUUUUUUUUUUUUCAUCUUUAUUUUAUUUCUUUUUUUUAUAUAAAUAUAUAUAUACUUUAUCGUAAGGCCAAGAAACAUAAUACUUUUGGCGAAAUGGAGAUUACUUAGUGUAGUGAAGUGUAAACCGAUUGUGAAAGUGUAAGAAACAAACACGAUUUACCAAAGACAGGAUCAAGGACUGAAUACCGUUUUAACAGCAAAAAGUGUUUUAGUGUUCCACGGUUGGAAGUUUCACAAGUUUAUAUCUCAAUGACUUUAUUAAAAAAAAAAAAAAAAUUAAAUAAAUUCAGUUGUGUUCAAACACUGAUUCCAUUUACAUGUAUAUUUUUCCUGCCUCCCUCAUCCGAACAUGGAAACCUAUGUCACUCUGUUAGGAAGUUUGUAUUAUGUCAUACUCUCAUUUAUGAUUAUUUGAUUACUUGCAGCUCAAAUUUACAAUUCAUGGCUUGCACUUUUCAUGAUUUUUUUCCCCCCCAAGAACAAAUUCAGUGAUGAUUAUUAUUAUUAUUGUUGUUAUUAUUAUUAUUGUUAUUAUUAUCAUUAUUAUUAUUAUUAUUAUUAUUAUUAUCAUUAUUAUUAUUAUUAUUAUUAUUAUUAUUAUUAUUAUUAUUAUUAUUAUUAUUAUUAUUUAUUUUUUUUGUACCUAUUGUAUCUCUUCAGUUUUGUGCUUUGCAUUUUAUCCUUUUCCAUACUGCAUUCCUGAUCUGCCUGGAGCAUAAGAUUCAGUAUUAUUGUGUCCCUUUCUAGCUGUCCAGCAUUCAGUGUAUUUUUAUAUGAUGCAGAAGAACUUUUCUGCUAUUUACACAAAUGAAAAAAAAAAACCGAUCAAGGUUCUUCGGAAGAGAAGUAACGAUAUCCCGUUUAAGAAGCUUUAACAACUCACAAGAACCAGGAGUCCAGUUGCUAAGGAAGGCACUGAGCUCUGUGUUAAGUGCCAAGUGAGGGGUGCUGGUUGAAAAGGUGAAAGUUGUGCAGGUAAACUUCUUUUUUUUUUAUAUAUAUAUAUAUAUAUUAUGACUCUACUUCACUCAAUGCAGCUAAAGACUCUGCAGUUAUCUGUCAUGCCACCUCAGGCAAGGAGAACUGAACGAUUUUCGACGCCGUAUGCCGGGCGUGUCGCCUCACACCUUACACGUUGCUCCAACUAAAUGUCGCCAUACUAUCGUCCUUUAUUUUUUAGACAUCUCCCCUCUCACAUUUUUUUUUUUUUUUUUUUUU